CCGAGUGGAGACCACCAAGACCUUGGCCAAAGCCAUUGCUGAGGCUGAUCAGCCACCUCAUGCAUGGAUCCUUAUCACCGGCGUUAUUACCGUCCCAGCCCCACAGCAGAGUACACAGAGGACAGUGCUGGGGGAGAUUUUGACUUCUUCUCACGCCUGGUGAGCUCCUGGGAGGCUGCAGCUGUCAUCCAUGGGAGCCCAACUCGUGGUGCUAUAGUGAGAUCUGGGGUAGUGCUGGGCCGAGAUGGUGGUGCCAUCUCUCGCAUGCUCUGGCCUUUCCGACUGGGGCUGGGAGGCCCCUUGGGGUCUGGACUGCAGCCAUUUCCAUGGAUUCAUGUUCGAGACCUGUCUGGAAUUGUGUGUCAUGUCCUGGAGAGUGAGUGUCUGCAAGGGAUCUUCAAUGGUGUCUCGCCAUCCUCACCUUCCACCUCCAACGGCAGCUUUGCUCAGGAGCUUGGUGCAGCCCUAGGACGCCCAGCCCUGCUGACAGUACCCGCUUGGGCUGUGCGGGCUGUGUUUGGGGCUGAGCGGGCCACCAUGCUACUGGAGGGCCAGAGAGUGGUGCCAAAACGUACCCUGGAGAGUGGCUACCGUUUCAUCUUUCCUGAUCUCUCUGCAGCUCUGAAGGACAUCGUGGCUUGAGGAUGGAUGGAUGGAUUGAGAACCCAUUUUUUGUAUGCUCCUCAGCCUGCAUGUUUGUCACUGCUACUCAGUCUUUUUCUGAGUGAUCCUGCCCAUUGGUUGUCAUAUCUUCUCCGUGUUGUUAGGAUGGGAUUCUUUAUACUUGUCCCCACUCUCUCUUGUGCACCCCCACUCUUCCUACUGCAAACUCCAGGCCCUGCCUCACCAGCUUUUGCGUAAGGGCAUAAACCCCUCCAAGGACAGUAGUUGCUAAAUUUGGCAUCUUCCAUUUUUGACAGUGCACAUGUUAGCGGAGCACUGGAAGUACAGCACUUCCUUUCCUGAGGAAGAGAAAUUGCAACGAAGUUGAGUGUCCAGGAUUUCUAGCUCUUGUCCAUCUUGCUUGACGCCCCACUACCACCUCCUGUGCCUUUCACUGUAUGUUCACAAGAGAUCCAGUUAGGUUGUCUUGUUUACUUGUCUCACUCUUUCAGGACAUAGAGUUGUGGUGGGGAGAAUCCAUGCUGAGAAGGUGUCAUGCUAUGCCCAGGGAUUCUUUUGAAAAGUUAAGGGGGACUGUCAAGAGCAAGGACCGCAAAUGUAGCGUGACCACAAAUAAUAGUAUUCAUUAUUCACUCUUAGUUUGCAAUUUCAGCCUAAUUUGCUAUAGCCAGGCACUAAAUGGCAUUCUGUGCACACUUCAGAAUUGCAAACAAAUUCCGAUCCCUCAAUGCCCUGUCAGUCACAGGAAGAAUCAAGGUGCUGACCUCCCUCUCACUCUCUGGGAGGUCAGGCCAGCUGCCAGCAGGUGGGAUACACCAGUGCUCCUCGCUCUUGUGAAGGUUGUGCUGUCUAUGGCCCACCCUUGCCUGCAGGGCUGUGGCAUUUUCCAUCUCUGUGAGGGAGUACUGCAUGGGAUACGUAGAUACAUUUUAGAAAUUAAAAUUAUUAUUAAAACUUGUGAGUUUGAGCCAUUUCUGUGGCCGGCAGUUAUACUUUGUAUGCUUAACGCAAAAAGAGAUUGAGAGUUGGCUGAGACAAAAAACACACCCUAUGGCAGAUUUUGAGAUGUCUAGGAAAAAAAGAAAUAUAACAUUUUUAAAGACCUGCAUUUCAGGAAAUUAGGAUCUUUUUCCCUCCUGCUCAUUUCUUCUGGCUUAGCAGUAACCAUUCACAUAGACAACCAAUGAGUACUAAAGGAAAAAAGAAAAGAGGAGUGGGAGGAAAGGACAGGAGACUAAAAAUAAGCAAGUUUUUAAACUGCUAUAACUGAUUUUACUUGGACGUAAGAUGUCAGCUAUAUAAAGGAAAGGAAGUAGUGCUGUAAAAAAGUGAGACUAUUGGUUUAUAUAUAUUAUAUAUAUAAUUUAAAUAAUGAAAACUUGCAUAGAUUUCAGAUGGCUGACAUGGUAGAAGUAGUUACAGAAGAUCAGACUUUGAAAUAACAUGAGAUAAUGAAGGAAAUAUAUUUCCAGUCUAACAUCUUACGAAAAACCUUAUGCUAACACCACCUGAGGCCAGCUGCUUCUAAAAGAAGUGUAUAAAGCAAUCAGAAGAGCUGCUGUCCAGAACAGCUUGUUUCACAGCAUUAUGCAUAAAAAGGGCAAAUUCUGGUUUCUAGUGUCUAGCAUGUAGUGGCUUAACUUAUUUAGGUAGAGAAUCCUCUAGGAGUGGGACUCAAUUGCCAAAUAUUGGCAUGUAGUGUCCCUGAGAAGCACUAGUCCCUGCUUAGACCAGCUGGGCAUCUUUGGGUCCUGUGUCCUUCCUGACAUUUCCAUGCAGGUGUCUGUGGUACUCUGAGAUGUCUGAAGUGAUACUUCUGUUUAUACCACUAGACCUCACCCUAAAUGUUUCUUUCUUUGUUACUGGAAGAAGGAAAUCUCGGUCCAAAUGGUUUUCACUGACAUACACAGUUUCAUGGGCCUUGAUGGGAUACCCCAGCUCCAUUAGUUCUGAAAGUGCAGGCUGAGGCCUCUGUAAGGCCCCACUCAUGAAAAACAUUGAUCAGAAGAGGUGCUGGAGGACUGGAAGAAAGAAAAUCUACAGUCUUUUUACAGGGCAAGAAGCUGGACCCAGGGAACUACAGGCCUGUCCACCUCACCUUCAUCCUUUAAGAUGAUGGAGCAGCUCAUGCUGGAUACUGUUUCCAAGCACAUGACGAACAAGAAAGUGAUUGGGAGUAGUCAGCAUAGGUUUACCAGGGGGAAAUUAUGCUCAACAAAGCUAAUAGCUUUCUAUGAUGGAAUGAAUAUCUGGGUAGAUGAAAGGAGAAUUUAUAUUGUUUGCCCUUACGAUUGUUGGCAGGCCUGUAAAUAGUGGGGACACACGGCCAGACCCUGGUCUCCUUUACCCCCUUCUGGUUCAGAUUUUCAGUCUUUUCAGAUACAGCUUUUCCUCUUACACACCACCUUGUCCAGCUUGAAGUUUGCUAGUGAGUUACACACACCCAUCCAUGCAUUUUAGGUUAGAGAAAAAGUUGUUACCUCCAGUUGCUGGCACAUCACACAAAUAGACACUAUGAACUGUAGUCUCCACUCUGUUUUUUGGCACUUUAACUGCCGUUAUAGACUGCAGUGCUAUUUUUGAUUUUUUU